AUGGCAACUCGCCAUCAGACUCCCAGAUUCUCUUCUCAGCUGUGUGUUGGAGUGAGAGACUGUAGUAAUGAUAAACCACCAACCGGCCAACAGCUCAGGUUUGAUAUUAUAGAGCUGAACGGCGCUCCUGUUCCAGUGCCAGGAGAUAGUGGAGCACUCAGAGUCGUGCAGGUAACCCAGCUGGACCGAGACACUGUUCUCAUCACCUUGGAAAGAACUGUAAAGAUCGUGAACCUGCAAGGACUUCCAUCCAGACAGCUGGCUGCAGAAAUAGUCUUUGACUUCCCCAUUGAAACACUAGUCUGCUUGCAGGAUAGUGUGCUGGCAUUCUGGAAGCAUGGCCUCAAAGGGAGGAGUUUCCAUUCAGAUGAGGUAACACAAGAAAUUACAGAUGAGAGUCGUGUGUUCAGAGUUCUGGGAACAAACAGAGACAUCAUCCUUCAGAGCACACCGACUGAUGACCCGUCAGCACUGAGCAGCCUGUACAUCCUGACAGGACACGAAAGCAGCUACUGAGAGAGGACA